UGGUUCAAUUCUCCUCAUCAAAAACAACCUAACAACUUUAUAAAGGUUCAAAACUGAAAAAAACAGCUACAAGAAAAACAUGAGCUACUCGAUACAGAGAGGAAAAAUAUGUGUCUGAUGGAAAAGGAUAGUUUAUGACAAUGACACAUUUUGGCGGCCGAGCAGGGGAGAAGCACAGCGCCAUGACCCUUUCUAAAGUGAUGCUUUCAAUCACCCUGUUGCUAUGGCGACACAUCUAUGCAAAUGUUUGCGAUGGCUUCUUUGAAAUACCAAAUUCCAUGCUACAGGGUCACGUGAUCGAUACAAUAACUACAACCGAGGAAGUCUGUCGAAUGACUUGCAAGAGCAAUAGCACUUGUUAUUCGAUAAACUACAUCCGUCAAAAAUCAAGAUGCGAGUUAAGUGGUGCUACACACUUCGCUUUUCCGGCUCACUUCACACCUGGCGCAGCGCCUGGCGCAUACUACGCUAUUGUUAAGCCGCUGACCAACUGCAGUAACAGUCUUUGCAGUAGUGGUAUGGCAUGCAUGAUGGGAGAAGGCGGGAAGGCGUACAGAUGCGGUCAUGAUAUCUUUAUCAAAUCAGCUCGGGAAGAUGCACUGAUUAAAGUGAACGACGUUAACAACUCCUUGUCAUUGGCGGGUGGUGACCGCGGGCAUAACUUCUUGGCCAUUUCGUGCGCUAUCGGUGACGUCAUCUCGAUGGCAAGAUUUGACACAUAUAAUGACGUCGACGCGGGGACGAAGAUUACAGACUACAUCAACGGUCUUCCGGGUGAUGUCUUAGUUGCUUUAACAGUGGUGGACGAAGGAAGUAGGUACUUGUCUAAUGAAGCAAAGAACGCGAUUUCGACACUGGGCGCAAACAACGCUUCAUUGGCAUUCAGAGAGACGUACGCCUUUGUUGGCUACAAGGGUGAGCCAAAGCCUGCUUGGGUACAAGAAGUGAAAAAAAAUGAAGGGGUGGAUUCUGAAGUGACUGUUCGAGUUUGUAAUUGUAAGCCAUGCUAGGACUGUGUGAGGGAAGUAUACUUUAGAUUAGUACGAUUGUGACCCGAAACCUGCGUUUAAGAAGCCUAAGGACGUGUCUGAUAAUGCACGGCUAUUUUUAACGAAAGUUCAAUUUAAUAUCCACUUGCUUUUGAGUUCUGUGCAUACAUAACCUAAUAGCAGGAAGUUUUAUUAAAGGAACGCACUUGCACGGCUGAAAAGUCAUUUUAAUUAUAUUUUGGGAAGAUCGAAAACAGUCUAAAUCGUGAGGAAUAACACACCCAUUGAACGAACCGGUUUUAUUAAAUGGCUUGUGAUUUGUCAAAUAAGUUAAAUUGUGGUUUGAGCGCUCUCGCAUCAAACUGAUGGAAACGGAUCUGAACUAGUAGUUUUACGUACUAUCGUCACGACUUGUAUUCAGCAAACAGACUGAUCUUUUUGUAGCAGCAUGGUUUAAUCUUAUGGUUUUUACUUUAUUUUGCACCAAAUAGAUUGUACGCCUGAUCUCUCUUGAAAUCAAUCAAUAGAUAAAUGAUUAUUAAAACGUUUGAAGUUUUGA